ACUUACAACGACCAUCGUCAUCGUCCUCAACUCAUCAUAUUGACUUGUGUAUUCGCUUUGAGUACGCAGAAAGAGCCUUUAGUUACAGGUUGUAUUCUGUGGCAGGAUAGCUAAGCGCAGCGUCGCUUGUGAGUGUCAUAUAUCGUCGCACAGUCCUGGUAUCCAUCGACGUUCAUUUCAGUGUAUGCGCUUCCAACUCUAGAUCUGUGUAUGACAUUCCCGUAUAGACUUCUCCGCAUGUCCAGUCAAUUCGAAGGUCACCUAAAUCGCCUCCGUCGAGGGGUUUCCACUGUUGAGGUCGUACAUGCACCUCAUGACAGAUGGCCGCUUCGAAAUCGGACAUUUCCAUCCUGUUCGCACAUAAACAUCUCCGUCCUCGAUUCCUCCUUCGAUCCUCCGACCUUAGCCCACCUGGCGCUCGCUAAUAUACCCCUCUCCAAAGCGUUCCGAUGCACCCAUACGCAUCAAACAUCGGACUGUUGCGCAUUCCAUGCCAAGCUCCUUUUGCUCUCGGUGAGAAACGCCGACAAGUCUCUCAAGCCCGGGGAUGCAACAUAUGAGCAACGCAUGGACAUGAUGAUACGUCUCUCAGAAGACGUAAAACCUGAUAUUUCUGCCAAGAGUGACGUGGACGAACGGUUGAGCGUGGAAGAUUCCAACACUGCGGUGGCUAUAAUCGACGAGCCGACGUUUGUCGGUAAGGCCCGCCUUCUAUUGGAAUACUUUCGCGAGAAGCUCUCUUCUUUCUCUGACUCUGACGGCAUUUUUCAUGAUCCCCAAAAUGGAACGGAGUCGAGAACGUUAGAGCCCCAGCUUACAUUCAUUGUGGGGAUGGAUACACUGGAGCGUCUUUGCGCCCCUCGAUACUAUUCUUCCGAGGAAGACAUGAACCGCCGUCUUACACAAUUCCUCUCGCCUGAUGGAGAUAACUGCCGCGUGAUAUGCGCUAGACGAAUAACUCCUGGACUACCCGUCUCUGAGGACGAGCGAGAGCGCAGUGUAAUUGAAAGAACAAAGACGUUCAUCUCCUCGAAUCGUAUCGCCAUCGUUGAUAUAGGUGAUGGUCUGCGAUCGUUCAGUUCAAGCGAGACUAGGGCGACUGUACAUUCCGGUUCUCCACUCUGGAAGACGAUGGUGACGCCGAAAGUUGCAGAGUACAUUGCCCAGCAUCAUCUGUAUUCUCAAGCCUCGAGCUGAUAAUCACACGAAGUGUAGUGGAGAGAAUGGAAUUUCUAUUGAAUCGUUAUUACAGAGUCGGAAGAGAUAGAGAACCAGAGCAUGAAAAUCGUGUAGUCUAAGAACGAACGUCUAACCCGUAAAACUAUCCGAAACGAAGAAAGCGUGUACAUC